UGAAUUGAAACUGGCCUGGACUGGUAAGUUGUGGAGCGCGGUAAGUGAUGAGUACCACUGAGUAUCUCUUAUUCUUGUGUUUAUUUUAGUUUAUACGCAUCACUAGGGAGACGGAAGCGUCAUUAAAGCAGUAGGAAGUUAUCAGUUUAUUAACAUAGAGUGGUUACGUUAAGCUAGCUAGCUAGCGUUAUUGUUAGACUUACGUUGGUUUUAUUUUAGUGGUAAUAAUGGCGCUAAGUAAAUCUUAGCCGAUUUCUAACUUGCGUGUAGUUUCAACGUGCGUAUUUGAGAGCUUCGCUUAACAGUUUGCUGCACAACAGUUGACGCAUUGGAAUGGAUUUGUGAAUACGAAGUUUCUGCGUAAGCGACGUUGCUUACGUACGAAGCAUGGAGGCAUAAAGUCCAAGGCGUCUUGUUGAAAUGACUGCAUCCCGGUGCAGAGCUGAAAACCGGCCAGAUGGCGGAGUGGAACGCUUACUACCAGAAUGAGGACGAGGAGCAAGAGCAAGAGGAAGCGGAGCUGUCUGGAGGAGAUUACAAAGUCUCGGGCAGAGACAGCCUGGUCUUCUUGGUCGACGCCUCCAAGGAAAUGUUCAUCAAAGGCGAAGAUGGACAACCCUCUAACUUUGACAUGACCAUGCAGGUCGUGCGGAGUGUGUACACCAGCAAGAUCAUCAGCAGCCACCGGGACCUGGUGGCCCUGGUGUUCUACGGCACAGAGCAGAGCAAGAACCCCAGGAACUCGUUCAAACACGUUUACGUGUACCACGACCUCGACGAACCAGGUGCGAAGCGGGUCCAGGACGCGGAUGCUCUGCGGGGCGAGAAAGGCGCGCAGCUCGCAGCGGAGGCCCUGGGGAGCGGGGAGACGUCUCUGGGCGACGCCCUGUGGUGCUGCGCCAACCUCUACAGCGACAUCAAGCUGCGCCUCUCGCACAAACGCCUCAUGAUCUUCACCUGCAGGGAUGAUCCACACGGGGGCGACGGCGCCAGGGACCGACAGGCCCGCACUAAAGCCAGCGACCUGAAGGAGACGGGUGUCCUUAUCGAUUUAAUGCACCUGACAAAACCGGGCGGCUUCGACGUGUCGCUCUUCUUCCGGGACAUCGUGAGCCCGCCCGACGACGACGGCGAGCUCGGCCUGCAGCUGGAGCCGUGCGACAAACUGGAGGACCUUCAGAAACGGGUCCGGGCCAGAGAGACCAAAAAGAGAGCCUUGGCCAGGUUAAGCUUGACUCUCGGUGAGGGUCUAAACGUAGCGGUGGGCGUGUACGCAACCGCGGUGACGGCUCGGAAACCCGCCUCCGUCAGACUGUACCGGGAAACCAACGAACCGGUGCGCAGCAAAACCCGCAUCUUCCACACUCAGACCGGCAGCCUGCUGCUGCCCAGCGAGAUAAAGAAGGCCCAGGUGUACGGUAGGAAACAAAUAGUGAUGGAGAAGGAUGAAGUGGAUGCCAUCAAGAAGUUUCACGACCCCGGACUGUUCCUGAUCGGAUUUAAGCCGAUGGAAAAACUCAAACUGCAUCAUCACAUCCGACCUUCUGUCUUCAUCUACCCCGAGGAGGACGAAGUGAAAGGAAGUGCCUGUCUGUUCUCUGCCCUGUUGAAGAAGUGCAUCGAGAGAAACGUGUUUGCUCUGUGUCGCUCUGUCUUCCGCCGAAACUACCCACCCAGGUUUGUUGCCUUGGUGCCUCAGAUGGAAGCGGUGGACGAAGGGAAGGUCCAGAUCACACCUCCAGGUUUCAAUGUCAUCUACCUGCCGUAUGCCGACGACCUGCGAACUCUCGAUCCUCCUAGAUGUCCGCCGGCCUCACAAACACAGGUUAACAAGAUGAAGGAGAUCGUCCAGAAGCUCCGCUUCAAAUACAGGAGUGAUGCUUUCGAGAACCCAGUCCUCCAGCAGCACUUCAGGAACCUGGAGGCCCUGGCUCUGGACAUGAUGGCCCCAGAGGACAUCGAGGAUCUCAUCAUGCCAAAAGUGGACCAGAUUGACCAGCGACUCGGCCCUCUGGCAGAUGAGUUUAAGGAUCUGGUCUACCCUGCCGGGUACAACCCAGAGAGCAAACCAGCUCCCAAACGGAAAACGGCCGACGCCGGAGCCGGGGCCGAGAAGAAGCCCAAAGUGGGGGCGACGGCGGACGAGCUGAAGGCCCACAUGCAGAGCGGCACUCUGGGAAAGCUGACCGUGCCGGUGCUGAAGGAGGCCUGCAAGCAGUUUGGAAUCAAAACCACCGGGACCAAGAAGCAGGAUCUGAUAGACGCUCUGAGCGAGCGACUGGGUUCAUGAGGACGUUUUCAGACGUUCAGGGAGGGGUUUUUUUAUGCGCCGGAUUAGAGAAGUAGUGAAAGUUAAGUGGAAGAAUAAGCUGAACGUCUUCACUUGUAUUGUGGAAAUCCCAGAUCUUCUUUUCCAGGCGGAAUCAUUGGCACACGCCUUUAAUUAAACAAACAACAAGUGAUUAUUAUUGGUAACGUGUUGCAUUAAAACGUUUCUUCAUAAAAGCGAA